AUGAUCCUUUCAUCUCUGCUAGCCCUCGGGCUCGCAACAGUCAACUCAGCUCUUGCCCAAAAGGCAGGGUCCUUUGAGCAAGUCGGGGACACCCUCGUCAGCGCUAUGAUGAUGUUCCUCGGCAACGAGGGCAAAAUUUACAUUCUCGACAAGGUGGAGGGCAACCCCACCCAAAUCAACGGCCAUCCCGCCUACGCGGCCGUCUGGGACAUCGCUACACGUAAGGUCACCGCCAUGGACGUUCAAACGAACCCGUUCUGUGCCGCGGGCAUGCACUUGCCCAACGGCUCCUUCGCUACUUUCGGUGGCAACGGCGCUAUCAGCCCCGGGGGCAACCUCGGAUCCGUCCUCAACCCCGGUGGCUCUUCCGCCAGCUUCGACGCGACCUACCAGGACUACGAUGGCACCGCCGCGAUCCGCAUCAUCACCCCCUGCGAUGGCGACCUGACCUCGCCCGACUGCACCUGGUACGACUCCCCCAACGGCCUCAAGAUGCAGAAGCACCGGUGGUACCCAGGAUGCGAGCCCCUUGCUGAUGGUUCCGUCGUCCUUGUCGGUGGUUUCACCAACGGUGGCUACAUUAACCGGAAUACCCCCAACGACGAUCCUGAGACCUCUCAUGGUGCUGCGGAGCCGACCUACGAGUUUUAUCCGUCAAAGGGCGACGCCCAGGUGAUGAAGUUCAUGGUCCAUACAAGCGGUUUGAACGCGUAUGCGCACACGUACUUGAUGCCGUCCGGAAAGAUGCUCGUGCAGGCUAACUACUCAACCGGCAAGCUCACGUUUACUUCCCUUCUUUGGGAUUAUACCAACAACAUCGAGACGGCUCUGCCUGAUAUGCCGAACCAGAUCGUCCGCGUAUACCCUGCGUCUGGUGCGACUGCCAUGCUCCCCUUGACGCCCGCCAACAACUACACCCCUACUGUCCUUUUCUGCGGUGGUACCUUCAUGCAGGACUCCGACUGGGGCAACUAUUCUUUCCCCUACGCCAACACCUGGGAAAUUCCCGCCUCAGCCGACUGCCAGCGCAUCACCCCCGAACGCACCGACGGCAAAGACGUUGCGUACGAGCAGGACGAUGAUAUGCCUGUCGGCCGUACCAUGGGCCAGUUCAUCGCGCUCCCCAAUGGCAAGCUCCUCGUCCUCAACGGCGGGGCGAACGGCACUGCUGGCUACGCGACCAACACUGGUGUGACUCUCUCGUACAGCCAGAUGCCUUUUGGUAUGUCGCUUGCCGCUGCCCCCGUCGGCCAGCCUGCGCUUUACGACCCCACCGCACCUUCGGGUAGUCGCUGGUCCACUGCAGGCUUCGAUACAUCGUCUAUUGCGCGUCUAUACCACUCUUCCGCCAUCCUCCUUCCCGACGCGUCCGUCUUCGUAGCCGGUUCCAACCCGAACGUCGACUACAACGAUACCACGUUCUUCCCCACCACGUACAAGGCCGAGAUCUUUUACCCGUCCUACUUUGCGGCUUCGACGCGCCCUGUACCGACCGGUAUACCCAGUAAGCUGACCUAUGGCGGCAAUGCGUUCGAUGUCUCGAUUCCCGCCUCCUCCUAUUCGGGCUCUGCCAACGACGCUGCAGACAACACCACUGUGUGGCUCAUGCGCGGUGGGUUCACGACUCACGCGAUGAACAUGGGUCAGCGCGCUGUGCAGCUGAACAACACCUACACCGUCAACUCCAACGGCUCCUUCGUCCUCCAUGUCGCCCAGCCCCCGCCCAACGCCAACCUCUUCCAGCCCGGCCCUGGCAUGGUCUUUGUCACUAUCAACGGCAUCCCGAGCAAUGCAACAAUGGUCCUCGUCGGGAACGGCCAGGUCGGCACACAGCCCACCCAAGCCGCGAGCGUGCUCCCGCCGAACGUUCGCGCGGACUCGGCGUCGGGCACGGCCGAUGGCAGCAACAGUAACAACAACAACAACUCGAGCGGGAGCGGCAACCAGGCCAACUCGGGCUCGUCGAACACGGGCGCGAUCAUCGGAGGCGUGGUCGCCGCGAUCGCGGCGGUCGGGAUACUCGGUGCGGUUUUCGGUAUUUGUCUCGCCCGCCGCCGCCGUGCCGCCGCCGCGCGAAGUGGGCCGUCGGCGUCGUCGACGUACCCGAUGAGCACCACGAACGUCGCCGGUGGGGCUGGUGCCGGCGGGGCGGGCGCGGCGUCCUCCCGUGGGUUGCGCAGUUCUGAUUCGAGCGCGUUCGUACCGUUGCAGGGUAAUAUGAGCACCGCCAGCCUCAAUUCGCCGUACCGCGACGAGUACGAGGGCAUGCGGGGGAGCGGGCAGUAUGGGCGGAGCGGGGAGUACGAUCCGUAUUACGAGUCUGCGCCACGGUUGAGCACGAGCGCGGGGCCGCCGAGGUAUUGA